AUGAAGUUCUCCAAGGCCUCCGCCCUCGCGCUCAUGCUGCCGGCAGCAACCGCUCGCCACAUUCUCAAGGAAGAGACCGACAACACCAACAGCACCGUUGUCAUCGGCGCGCACCAAGACUCCAUCAACCUCUUCCUGCCCAGUAUUCUCGCUGCGCCCGGCGCCGACGACGAUGGCAGUGGCUCCAUGACCAUCCUCGAGGUCUUCCGCGUCUUCCUCGGCGUCAAGGACGUCCUCAAGGGCAAGUCGGAGAACACCAUCGAAUUCCACUGGUACAGUGCCGAGGAGGGCGGCCUUCUCGGCAGCCAGGCCAUCUUCUCGCAGUAUGAGAAGGACGACCGCGACGUCAAGGCCAUGCUGCAGCAGGACAUGACUGGAUUCGUGCAGAGGACUAUUGAUGCUGGCCGUCCCGAGAGCGUCGGUGUCAUCACUGACUACGUAAACACUGGCCUGACCGACUUUAUCAAGAAGGUCAUUGUUGAGUACUGCGACAUUCCCUACGUCGAGACCAAGUGCGGAUAUGCAUGCUCGGACCACGCGUCCGCAAGCAAGGCCGGCUACCCGUCGGCCUUUGUCAUUGAGAGCUCCUUUGAGGACUCGGACAACCACAUUCACUCGACCGAUGACCUGAUCAAGUACCUAUCGUUCGACCACAUGCUACAGCACGCCAAGAUGACGCUCGGCCUCGUGUACGAGCUGGGCUUCACCGACUUUGCCGCUCUCGAACACAAGAGCGAUGGGGUUGUUUUUGAUGACUUGUAAAUAUCCGACAUGUAGAUGAUCUAGGGAGAGGCGGAAACGAUCAAUCUAGGGUUUGAGACAGCAACAGAACAUUUGGUCAGUCUCACUCAAUCGCAUGUCUUUGGCGGCACUGUCAAACCUUGUGCUUAGAACAGUGUGAUUUCCUAAAACGGUUCCCGCCAUCAAAGCUGUAUCCGGAGAA